AUGUCGCUCCGCGCCCCCGUCGCACGCCUCUCGCAGCGGGCAUCGCCUGCUCACAUUUCCAAAUUCACCGCCACGCCGGCCUCUUCGCUCUGGCAGCGAACCCAGCAGACAUCGCAGAGGACCCUCGCAACUGUGCCGCCCGUCACCCAGGAUGCGACAAGCUCCAAGGGCCCCACGGCCAUGGUCUUCAUGAACAUGGGCGGCCCCUCCACUACCGCCGAAGUUGGGGACUUCCUCAGCAGAUUAUUCUCCGACGGUGACCUCAUCCCCCUCGGCCGCCUACAGAACUACCUCGGACCCUUCAUCUCGAAGCGCCGCACGCCCAAGAUUGAGAAGCAGUACGCCGACAUUGGAGGUGGCUCGCCAAUUCGCAUGUGGUCCGAGUACCAGGCCGCCGAGAUGUGCAAGAUUCUAGACAAAAUAUCACCCGCCACAGCCCCGCACAAGCCAUACGUUGCCUUUCGCUACGCCAAUCCCCUGACCGAGGAGAUGUACAAUCAGCUGUUCGAAGACGGGUUUGGAAAGGGCCGGGGUGGCCGUGCUGUCGCCUUCACCCAGUACCCGCAGUACUCGUGCAGCACCACUGGUUCGUCGCUGAAUGAGCUGUGGAAGUGGCGGAGUAGACUCGAGGGCAGGAGGGCCGGUGAUGGCGUCAAUGAGCCCGCAGGUUCGAUCACAUGGAGUGUUAUUGAUCGCUGGCCGGUACAUCCGGGGCUUGUGGAAGCGUUUGCUCAGAACAUCGAGGCCACUCUGAAGGAGUUCCCUGAGGAAAUCAGGGACCAGGUCAUUAUUCUCUUCUCGGCGCACAGUCUGCCAAUGAGCGUCGUCAACAGGGGCGACCCGUACCCUGCCGAAGUCGCUGCAACUGUCUACGCAGUCAUGCAGCGUCUCAAAAUGAAGAACCCUUACCGUCUUGUUUGGCAGUCUCAGGUCGGACCGUCGGCCUGGCUGGGGGCCCAGACUUCGGACACAGUCUCCAACUUCAUCAAGCAGGGACAGAAGGAUAUGCUUCUUGUGCCAAUUGCGUUCACGUCGGACCAUAUCGAGACUCUGUUCGAACUGGACAAGGAGAUUAUUCACGACGCUACCGAGGAGGGUGGCAACGUCAAGAGGGCGGAGAGCUUGAAUGGCUCACCAGUGUUCAUCCAGGCGCUGGCAGACAUUGCCAAGGCGCAUCUAGAGAGCGGGCAGGCGUGCAGUCAGCAGAUGGGGCUGAGAUGCCCUGGCUGCGUCAGCGAGCGCUGCGCCGAGAGCAAGCGCUUCUUUGCGAGCAUGCAAGAGAGGAUUUAG